AUGGUUGAUAAAAGAAUCAAUAUGAGUGAAACAAAGGAGAUCAAGCGGUCGAUGUAUUCAUAUUUAUAUACUGAUCCUUACGAGCCAGUUGUGCAUGGAACUUUUGGAGUCGGCCAAUCUGAAACUUUGUAUAUGUUUAUGAUUCAAAAUAUAAAAGAUUUUAUUGCUGAAAUAAUGGCUGGAAGUCGUGGAUUCGGGCACACAGAUUAUGUUAUCAACGGAAGUAAUGGAUUUGGACAUCCAGAUUAUGAUGGUGAUAAUGAUAUCGAAUCCGAAUCAUCUAUUAAUAAAGAACAUUCUUUAACAAAUUCUGAUACAAAAUGGAUGGAAUAUUACAAAGAACGGAUUCAAUCACCAGCAGAAUAUAUGAAUCUAGUUCCAGUUUUUUCUGAACUUAUUCUUAUCGAUAAACUAUUAGAAGAUUUUCCAAAUGAGUCCGAUCAAAAGAUAAUCGAUGAAUAUAAAAAAACUGUAGAAGAUAAAAAUAGACUCAAAACAAAGCAUUCAAGAAAGGAAGAGAAUAAUAAUCAGAAGAAAAAGAGUGAUAUGUUUUAUCAAAGAAAAGGAAAACAUAGUCGUAAUGUCAAAUUCGUUAAAAAUUUGUUAACAGCAACAUGA